AUGACACAGCCGAGCAACUAUGUCUGCAAAUAUGCCGGUGAAUACUGCAAACUGGUGGUCGAGGGCGACAUCGCGAAGGUGCGCUCCAAGUUCAAGGAGUUCGUGCUCGACUACCAGACGCCGGACGAUCUCAACACGCCGCUCCACCUGUCGAUCAUCGCGCAGCAGAACCGGAACGAGAUCAUCCAGUUUCUGGUCGAAUCCGGGGCGGACUGCGAUCUGCGCAACUCGAUGAACCUGACCGCGUCCGAGCUGGCGAUCAAUCUGAACUUUAUCGACGUCACCAAGUUCAUGCUGGCGGUCGAGUUCCGCAACCUGACCGACUACCGGUGCUUCUACCGGUUGAUACGGCGCGGCUCCGUGCCGCUGUUGCAGCUCUUUCUGGAGCUGAAAACGUUCGACACCCACCAGCAGAUCGGGUACGUGUCGAGCGUGUGGCAGGAGCUGUACGUGAAGAAUGUGCCGCUCACGAAGAGCAUGGAGAACUUCCUCGAGUACCAGCUACUCAACUACAGCUACGCGUACCACCACCCACCACCGGCGUCGCCUGGCGGUGGCGGAGGUAAGCCGGGUGCGGACCGGGGGCGACCACCGUUCCUGGAGCGGGAGCACGAGCAGCGGAUCGAGCUGAUCGUCGAGUACACCGGCUACCUGACCGCGCACUACACCACCGACAAUCUGAACGACUUCGACGACAAGUUUCUGCUCGCGAUCAAGAUCGUGUACGACAAUCUGUUCUUUCUGCGCGAUCGGCCGGAAGUGCGGCACGUGCCGGUCCGCGAAACCUGCCGACUGCUGGCGGUGUUUUUGGCCAUCUUCAAGAAGACGCCCCACUACGAGCAGUACAAGCUGAUCCUCAACAAGCGCACCGUACUGCGGUACCUCGAGGCGGUGGCCGACGAACUGGAACGAGUCCGGUGUGAGUUUGCGGAGCGGGGCGAGGGCAACCAUCACCAUCCGCACCAUCAUCAGCAUCAGUCUCAUCAUCAUCGCGGUCCGACACCGCAGCAGUGGACGAACGAUCUCUUCCUACACCUGCUCGCGUGCAUCCGCGAAGCGACACCGACGUCGAAAUCGACGCGCGCGAUCGGUGCACUCUGGCACAAGAAGUGUGUGCUGAAGAAGAAGCUGAUCUACUACGUGAAGGGCCGGCUAAAGGCAAAUCCGGAACUGGCGGCAAUCCAGGCGCGAAACGUGAACGGACUGUCACGGCCCGAACUGGAUGCGAUCCGGCAGGAGAUGAAGCUGGGCGCGUUUGUCGCGCUAACGCAAACCGUACGGCGGAAGAAUCGGCUGGUGUACCGGCGGAUACGGAAAGCGUACGAUCACGUGAACCAGCUGUACGCGGUCAAGAAGAUCCUCCGGUACCUCGAUGGGAUCGCCCGGAUUCAGCUGCCCCAGUACCAGGUGUCGGGAGUGCUGGCGAUCAAGCGAACGCUGCAGGUGAUCGCGGAUACGGUCGCGAACACGAGUUACUGUCCAGCGGUCGCUCGGAAACUGGAGAGUGUCGUGCACAAGAUUCUGCCCCUCAACCUGGACGUGGAUGUGCGGGAAUUCUACAAACCGAAUGCGUCACUGUACAAACUGUGGCUCGAUCGGCAGGAGCUCGGUCGGUUACUGCCGUUCGCCGAGGUGCAGUGUAGCCUGAAGUCGAUCCGCCGGUACUUUGCGUACGUCCACGAUCUGAAGAUGCUGGAGGCGUACCGGUGCUACCUGGGCAACGUGUAUCAGCUACGGAACUGGCGGCAGGUGUCGAGUUACAACCAGUAUGUCGGGGACGCCAAUCGGAUGUACUUCGAGAACCACACACUGGACGAUCUUUACUUCGAGCUGGAGGACUGCAUACGCGUGGUGGAGGAACUACAGGAAACGUUUGGCCAGCAGCAGGACGAGAAGAUCAGCGAUCUGUUGCGCUGUCUUCAUGCGCCCCUCAGCCAGCGGUACGACGGGCUCACGAAGGACGAAGGUCGCCGGGCGGCGUUCGCGUCGAUCAGCACGAACUUCAACACGACCAUGCUCCUGUGCGGGACUGAGAUCGAAAUGGGGCGGGUGAAGCGCAUCGUGCGAUCGUUCCUGCUCGAAAGCUACCCAAAGUACGACAUCACCACCGACGAUCAGCUGCUAGUGCUUGGGCCGAUCCUGCAGGAGAUGCUGCACCUAUUCACCAACUACCUGUACCAGUACCAGAUGGACGAGCGGGUGACAAAGAGCUUCGUCACGCUCGUGGAGGUACUGCACGCGGAGCGUUACAUCGCCGUCGAUCACCUGCUGCCCGAGCGGACGAAAGCGGCCGACUCGCUGGUCUACCAGAACUACACCAACGACAUACUGAAGAAGUUUAACCUGCAAAACUUUAGCACCAUCGAUAAGUUCAGCCUCCAAAAUCUGAGCUCGAUCGACAAGUUCAACCUUCAGGCGGUGCUGCAUGAACAGCUGGCGCAGAAGUACUACGACAAUUGCUUCAACCUGAACGAGAAGUACUCCGUGCUGACGACGUUCUUCAAGUCCAAAACGAACCGCCAGGUGAACGAGGCGAUCUUGAAGCGCAACAAGCGGAUGGACUGCGAAGAGUUUCAGUCGUUUCUCGACAACCGACUCAAGCUGAUUGGCCAGUUCCUGCCGUGCAACGAUUUCAACGAGGUGACACAGUUCAUCAACGAGGCGGCGCCGCACGUGGAGUUUGCGCUGGAACACUGUCUGCUCGAGCUGUGCGAGAUCCUCACCGAUCUGGGCGUGUUCCAGGACAAUCACUACGUGCUGAAGCUGCAGUCGGCGAACGUGAGCGGUCGCAACCUGCACGAGUACCUGCGGAGGGACGUGCUGGAGCACGAUAUGCUUACGCUAACCCACAGCACCAAGGUGAAGGUGUUUCUGAACGGGCUCAUCUUCAAGAGCAACGAGUUCAAGCUGUACCAACCGCCGACGGCGCAGAAGGCGAACGCGGACGAGCUGGCGGCGAUCAACGAGAAUCUGGUCAAUAGCUACAAGAUGCGCUGGAGCUGGGUGGAGCAACAGGAACGGCUGUUCAAGUCGGUCGAAACGAUCGACCUGAAGCUGCUGCAGGCACUGACGCCCGAUUACGCCGAUAUCCGCGGUAUGCGGCUGGGUGUGCUGCACGAUGGGACCCCGUCCACGGAGUACGAAAUCAUCGACCACACGAUCCGCAACAAUCUGAAGCAGAUGACCAACUAUCUGUCGGACGAGCUGCAACCGAUCUCGUUCGAGAAGCAACAAUUCUUCCAGUACGUGCUGGUGCGCAGCUCCAACUCGCUUUUUAUCGAUGCGCACUUUAGUCUGACGACGGCACAGGAGCGCCAGGCCAUGAUCCUGUUCAUGGCGCUGUACUUCCGGGCGUACGACGUGUUUCUGGAGUGCGUGAAGCGCUUCGAGCUGACGGUCAAUCUGGGCAAAAUCAUCAAGCACCUGAAUCUGGAGUUUAUCGAGAAGAUCGCGAAACAGAUGCGGGACAUCGGCUGGAACUGCCAGGACGAGAACGGGAUCACGGUGUUGGAUCAGUGCGUGCAGAAGGGUGAUCUGGAAGCGAUUAAGAAGCUGAUCAAGCUCGGCGCCGACGUUUGCUUGCCGACUGGCGAUGGGACGUCCGCGCUGCACCGGGCCUGCAGCCUGGGGUUGACGGAAAUCGCACGAUUGCUGGUGAAACACAGUGCUCCGCUGGCCGCCUCGCUGAACGGUGUCGAUCGGUUGCCGUUGCACUACGCGAUACAGUACCAUGAGAAUGAUUUGAUGCCGGUGCUGUGUUCCGAUGAUAUCGAUGUCGACUGCAGAAAGCAUCGGUUGGUGAAGCGUGCGAUCAAGUACGGCAAUCUGAAUGCGCUCAAGUUCCUGCUCGACGAUCGGUCCGGGAAGCUGUCCGUGGUGGAUCAACACCAGAACACGGUGUUUCAUUUGUGCGCGUUGUACGGGAGGUUGGAUGUGUUGCGAUACCUGUUCCUGCAGCACCGUGCACUUCUGGUGGAGACCGAGGCGCUGCUGAAUCGGCGCAACCGAGUCGGGCAGACGGCGCUACACAUUGCGGUCCAGAAGCGUCACGUGGCGACGGUGGCGUUACUGUUGGAGCAAGGCUGUAACCCCGCGGUGGUGGACGACACGGGCCUAACGCCCUACGAGUGGGCCAUCCAGGGCAAUAGUGUGCGGCUCGUGAAGGCGUUUGCGAAACUCCACUCACCCCUGCGAUCGAUCACCAACGGACGGUCGCUCCCGCUGACGAUCGCUAUCGAGCAGCGUAAUGUGCGGAUGCUCAAGUUGCUGCUACGAGACGACUGCGGUGGCUACAGUCUGUCCGGUGAGCCUCUCUGUCUCAUAAAGGCGAUCUACACGCGCUCCACCGAGAUGGUACGCUUCAUCAUCGAUCACUGCAAACCGACGCUCCACUUCAAGGACCCGUACGACAGUGGACCGUUGCACGUGGCGAUCGCGAUCGGGUGCAACGAGAUCGCGGCCUAUCUGCUCGAGUCGGGCGCGGACGUGAAUGCGAUCACAAAGUUUGGUGACACGCCGCUACACGUCGCGACGAAACACGCCAACUUUGUGGCCGCCCGGAUGCUGAUCCUGAAGUACGCCACCGUCGACGAGCGCAACGCGGCCGGCCUGACGCCGCUCAUGCAGGCCAUGUACUCGCGCAACCUCGAGAUCAUGAAGCUGCUGAUCGGGGUCGGCGCCAACAUCGAUCUGCUGAAGCUGCACCUGGCGGAGAUUGAGCAGAUUUCGAAAAUUCCCACCAUCCACCUGUUUGUCGAUCACUACGAGCUGCUGGAGUUUAUGAUCCUGCAGCUGCAGUACGACCCGAACGUACGGGACGCCCGCAACCAGCAGAGUCUGCUGCACAAGGCGUGCUACGCGAACAACCUGCAGAUCGUACAGUUCCUGGUUGAGCUGUGCCGGCUGCAGACGGAACAGCAGGACGCGAACGGACGGACACCGUUGGCGAUCGCGAAUGAGUGUAAAAACUACGAGGUGGCCGAGUUCCUGCGCAGCAAGAAGAGGAAAAAAUCACAAAUCGCGCCCCAACGGUACUUUGACCCCGCGGCUAUGAUGUAA